AUGGCUGUUGCCAAGAGCAACAGCUAUAUCGUAGCACCAUCCUGUCUUUGCACCUGCUAUAAAGUUUCGGACUUGAGAGAAACCAUUCUAAACCCCAACAAAACUGCCCGUCUUAGUGAUCGGUAUAUCCUCAGAGAACAAUUGGGUUGGGGACAAUUUGGCGUCAUAAAAGAAUGUGUGGACAGAUUUAGCGGCGAACUUUUAGCUUGCAAAUCCAUUUCAAAAGACAGAUUAGUCACUCGGGAAGACAUUAAAAGCAUAAAGCUCGAGAUUGAGAUCAUGACUGAAUUAUCGGGCCAUCCUAAUGUUGUUGACCUAAAAGCAGUGUAUGAGGAGGAGGAUUACGUGCAUCUGGUGAUGGAGCUUUGUGCAGGGGGCGAACUUUUUCACAAGCUGGAAAAGCAUGGGAGGUUUUCUGAGCUGGAAGCCCAGGUGAUCUUCAGGCACUUGAUGCAAGUGGUGCUGUAUUGUCAUGACAAGGGCAUUGUCCAUCGGGAUUUGAAGCCCGAGAAUAUCCUCUUGGCCACGAAAUCGUCUUGUUCGCCAAUAAAGUUAGCGGAUUUUGGUCUGGCUACCUAUAUCAGUCCCGGACAGAGCUUACAUGGGACGGUUGGCAGUCCAUUUUACAUAGCUCCUGAGGUUCUUGCUGGAGGGUACAAUCAGUCUGCAGAUGUUUGGAGUGCGGGUGUUAUACUCUACAUUCUUCUGAGCGGGAUUCCACCGUUUUGGGGAAAGACCAAAUCACAAAUAUUUGAUGCCGUUCGAGCCUCAGAUUUGAGGUUUCCAUCUAAACCGUGGGAUUUUAUUUCGGAUUCAGCAAAGGAUUUGAUAAAAGGGAUGCUUUGCAAGGAUGCUUCUAGAAGGCUCACGGCCCAUGAAGUUCUUGAUCACUCUUGGUUGACAAACAUACCCUCACUUCUCACUGAUGUGCACAAAGGCUGUGAGAGAAAUUGCGGGCUCGAUUUGUCACAAAAUCGUCCAUAUUCCUUUAUGUCCAGGAACCUGGAUAUAAGUUUCGGGACUGGUUCGGCUUUAGUUUCAGAGAGUAAAUCAGAUUCGUUCGCAUGCAAGUCUUCAUUUUCUUCUUUCUUAGCCGCCCCAUUGAUGCCUUCAUUGGGGACCUUUGGAUUUUCUUUCCAAAGCAAUGCGUCAUCGAGUACCCAUGAAAAUUCCAUCCCGGUCAUUUCAUUGCCGAGCUUUACGUUUGUUGCUAACGGGACAAUCAGAAAAGCAGUUGACGACUCCAAAGUGAGCGGGACUCGAGGGGUGGCAAUAUUAGGCAUUCACAGUAGAAGGAACCAUACAAUUGGUGUAAGUGAAAUCGAGCACUUAACAGAAUCUGUUAUCCGUUGGGCGUCUUGCACGCGUCUCCCGACAGCUACCUCCUCACUUAGGUCUUCGCUUGUUUGUUAA